UAAAGCAUAAAUUUAAGUAUUAAAUGCCUUUUUAACAUCUGCUUUAAAUUGCCUUGAAGUGAGCUAUAAGGAAGUGCCAAAAUGCUGGAGAACUCACACGCUUGGAUGGGCGCUUCAAGCUCUUCAACAAUAGCAGCAGAYAGCUAUCAAUAUCAAUUGCAAUCCAUGUGGCAGAAAUGUUGGAACACUAAUCAAAGUCUCAUGCAUCACCUGCGCUUCCGCGAACGUGGCCCACUGAAAUCGUGGCGCCCCGAAACAAUGGCCGAGGCUAUAUUUAGCGUGCUCAAGGAGGGACUCUCACUAUCGCAGGCGGCACGCAAAUACGACAUACCCUACCCGACAUUUGUAUUGUAUGCGAAUCGUGUACAUAACAUGCUCGGCCCUUCCAUUGAUGGUGGACCGGAUUUACGACCAAAGGGUCGUGGUCGUCCGCAGCGCAUAUUGCUUGGCAUUUGGCCGGAUGAACAUAUUAAGGGUGUCAUUAAGACAGUUGUCUUCCGCGAUGCAAAGGAUCUCAAGGAUGAUAGCAUAGUUCCACAUUUACCUUAUGGUCGGCACUCGCCCAUGUUUCCAUUUCAGGAUGGUCCGCUUAACUACCCUGGUAUGAGUGGUCCCUGUCCGAAUGGUGUGCCCACACCCACUGGUGAUCAGAUGUCGCAAGAAGCCACCGCUGCCGCUGUGGCCGCCGUAGCACACAAUAUACGCCAGCAAAUGCAAUUGGCUGCAGCCGUACAACAUCAACAUCCGUCGGAGGGCCCUACGGGACCUGGUUUAUUUAAUAUACCUCCUCAUUUGCAACCACAUUUAGCCGCCGCAACAUCAGCUGGAACUGGUGGCGCUGCGCCAGGUGUGCAUGGCUCUGUACCGCUACCAAAGACGAGCAUAUCUCCGGCGUUGAGUACCACAUCGAACCCUAGCGCGGGCACAAUGCUUGGACCGCGACAUGCUCCAUCGCCCUGCGGUCCUGGUUUAUCCGGUCUUCCGCCGAACAUACCGCCCAGCAUGGCGAUGGCGCUGCAUAUGGGACGUUGCGAUCCAACCGGUGUACUCAGCCAACAGCAACAACAUCAGUUGCAACACCUACACAUGCAACAACAGCAAGCAUUACAACAGCAACAACAACAGCAGCAGCAUCAUCAGCAACAGCAUCAGCAGCAACAACACGGGUUUGGUUACGGUGUUAGUUCCAUGCCUCAUCAUGGCGCAGCCUCAGCAUCAGCAACAGCAACAUCAUCUUCCAGUCAACAUUACCAACAGCACCAACUCCAGCACCAGCAGCCACAAGCUCAACAACAACAGUUGCAUCAACAUCAGCAACACCACCAAUCGGCGAGUGUUAGUGCAACAGCGACAAAAGCGAAAUGCCCCUCCCCCUCAUCGUUGCUCGAACAUCGUCGCAGCAGUCCAAGCGGCAAUUCACACCUACACUCUACACUCACGGAGUUAGGAUUAGAUAUGGGCUAUAAGACAACGCGUAGCAGCGCUUACUCACCAACUCGUCUCUUCUCCGAAGACUUGGCAGCUUUGGUGGGAGCUAGCGAAGACUCACCUCCAGGCACAACGGCGUCCUCCACAAAUGUUAGCAGUACCAGCACAGUGACGACACCGGCAAUGUCCGGCAGUCACGCGGAUGUUAGCAUUACAUCGAGUGCAGCGAGCGGUAAUAUAAGUUCCAGUAAUAUAAAAAUCGAACCCAUCACGACAAGUAGYGAAUAAACAAAAUACUUUCCUAUUUAAGAUGUCGUUAGGUUCAAUCGAUUUAAUUUAUUUGUAACAAUCAGUUUGGAGGCAUACUUUUUUGGGAGAGAAAUUUUCACGUUAUCAAAAUUUGUGUUAAAAAUUCGUUGUCCUUUUAAAGUUCUUUACUCUUGUUGAUUAUAAAAAUAAAUAAAUCUUUGUCUGACUCGUUUUAAACUUGUUAUACUUUGAUUUUCUAGAGUUCUCUGCAACGCAACGUUCGCGGACAAAAUUAUUUUCAGAACUUUAGUGCCACAAACCACCGCUAGUUUUAUACGAUCCAGA